CGACUGUUGCGUUCUCAAUUGAUCCAGAAGAAAAAGAGAUCUCUUUGGAAAAGAAAAGAAAGAAUGGGAGAAGAAAGAGACGACCCGCAGGAACUGAAGAGAAUAGCGGCGGCGGCCUACGAUUACGAAAACGAUCCAAGAUGGGCAGAUUAUUGGUCCAAUAUCUUGAUUCCUCCUCACUUGUCUUCUCGCUCUGAUGUUGUUGAUCACUUCAAGCGCAAGUUCUACCAGCGCUAUAUCGAUCCUGAUCUUGUGGUAGAGGCGAUGCCAUCAAGCAAACCAUCGCAAUCUGCAAAACCUUCUGCUUCAUCCUCUACUUCAUCAUCGGCAGCAGAUGAUGGAGUUCGACCUCGCAAUGCAGGCUCAACCACCCGAAGUUCAGGGGCAUCAGCAGCUGGAGGUUCAAAUACAAGUUCUGUGCGUUGGGAUCGACAAACACUACAAUUUUCUGUCAAUGCUUGGGUUUUCAUCGUUGCCGUGCUAGCCAUCUUCCCACUUGUUCCUAGAAGUCUUUCCUACAGGGCUUAUCGGCUAUCAUUUGUGGGCACUGCUUGUUCCUCUCUGUACUCUUUGUAUGCACUAUAUGGGAAACCUAGGGCAUGGAAUUUGCAGGCAGUUCAAGUGUAUUUUCAGUCAAUAAUUGCAACUAAAGAUUUUAUAUACUUAAUCUACUGCCUUACAUUUGUUACUUCACAUCUUUUCCUUAACUUUGCUUUGAUUCCCAUUUUCUGCCGAACACUUGAACAAAUCGCGAAGUUCUUAAGGCGUAAUUUCAAUCGUUCCACCAUGUAUAGGAAGUAUUUGGAAGAUCCUUGUGUGUGGGUAGAGUCAAACACGACGACCUUGAACAUACUUUCUUCACAUGCUGAGAUUGGAGUUGGUUUCCUUCUAAUUGUUUCCUUACUCUCGUGGCAACGUAAUAUCAUACAAACUUUCAUGUACUGGCAGCUUUUGAAGCUUAUGUACCAUGCUCCGGUUAGUGCCGGGUACCACCAAAGUGUUUGGGCAAAGAUUGGGAGGACGCUUAUUCCUCUUGUCCAGCGUUAUGUACCAUUUUUGAACGCUCCAGUUUCCGCAAUUCUGCGAUGGUGGUUCAGGUAAUGGCCGAAAAUAGAUGAUAGAUAGAUCAACAUGAACCAUUGUUUCAGAUAACAGUUGAAAAACAUUGAUAAACAUGAACCCUAUAUGCGCUUUUGUUAGCAUAAUACUGAUUUGGGAUAAAUGGAGUCGCUCCAUCUCGAGUAUAGAUGGGGAUACAUUGAUUCAGC